AUGUCUGAUCUCGGCGAAGCCAGCACCAGCACCCCUAACCCUCCUCCUCCUCCUCCUCAGGAUGUUGUCCAACAACAAGGUCAAUUGCCUCAACAGCCUGCCGCUGCCGCUCAACCCGCUGCACCGAAUGUGAACGCUGCCGGUGAAAAUUUGCAAUGCCAGUGGCAAAAUUGCGGCGAGCGCUGCACCUCGCCAGAGGCCCUCUACGAACAUGUCUGUGAACGCCAUGUUGGCCGCAAAUCCACCAACAACCUCAACCUCACCUGCGCAUGGGGUCAGUGCCGGACCACCACCGUUAAACGCGAUCACAUUACCUCCCACAUUCGAGUCCAUGUUCCCUUGAAGCCUCACAAAUGCGAGUUCUGUGGCAAGGCGUUCAAGCGUCCUCAAGACUUGAAAAAGCAUGUCAAAACGCAUGCUGAUGACAGUGUCAUCAUGCGCUCUCCGAAUUUGGAACCUAAUGGCGGACAGCGUCAACCACAAAACGGCAUGCCUCAAGGUGGGGACUACAACGCCUCAUACUAUGGUCAUCCUCUGACAGGACAAGUUCCCCCGAACUACUAUGCCCCUGCUAUGCCUGGUCCUCAGGACUAUGCGGGUCAGCAUCACCCCAAUCAGUAUUAUCAACCUCAUCCUUCGGCUGGCGCACACCCAGGCUAUGGCCCAGUGACAUACUACAGCACCGCACCUCAAACGACAUAUGACUUCGAGACUCGCAAGCGUGGUUAUGAUGCUCUCGAUCACUUUUUCGGUCAAGUUAAACGCCGCGAGCUUGAUCCCGUCAAUUUCCACAACGUCAGCCGUCGCCUCUUCGAGCUUCAGGGUCUUCAACUUCCUCAGAUCAUUCCAUCUGCUGUCGCAGUUCCCGCAUACCAGCCUGUUUCCGUCGGUGGAGCUUACGACCAUGCCGACCCAAUUCAGGCCUACAGCUUGCCUCCCAUGGGUAACGCAAAGACACGUGAAGACUUGACCUCGAUCGAUCAAAUUCUUGAACAAAUGCAAGCUACCAUCUAUGAGAAUGACACUCACUUGGCCAACGCUGGCAUGGCUCAGCCCGGAGCGAGCUAUGUUGCUUACAGGACCAGCAACAGCCCACCUAGCUCUCACCUGCCAUCGGCCGCCUCCCACAGCACCCCAACGUCGAUGCUUCAGCACCAGCACCAGCACCAGGGUAGCAUCGCAAGCGCGACCGAUGCCAGCACCCCAGGCCUUACUCCCCCUUCAUCUGCGCAGAGCUAUACAUCCGGUCAAAGCCCUCUGCAAGGCCAUGCUGCCCCAUCUAACAGCGCGAUGUACCCCACCCUGCCUUUCAGCUCCGGUGAUAUUGCCAACGCCGCUGCCAACGCUGCAACUCUGAGCGGUAUCUACGAUACCGAUGACCAUCGACGACGGUAUAGUGGUGGCAUGCUCCAGCGGGCGGCGCCCGCUAGAGGCAAAGACGACAUGGAUGUUGUCAGUGACGGGUCUGUCACUCCCCCGGCCUCCACCAUCAACAAGCAAGCCAAGGGCAAGGGCAAGGCUUCGCCGCAGGAAAGCGUCAUCGACCCGGCCCUCAGCGCUGAUGCGAGCACACCCAAGAGCGAUUCAAAGGAAGCCGAUCAGACGGAGGUUUGGGUUCAGAAUAUGCGUCUCAUUGAAUGGAUGCGAGAGUUUAUUAAGAAGAGACUCGAGCGUGGAGAUUUCAAUGGAGCUGAUGACAACGAGAUCGACCUCAAGGAAGAAAGCAAUGUUGACACCGACAUGUCAGGGACCGACGACCGCAAGGAGAGGUCUGAUCAGGAACAACUGUACCCUGUUCUUCGACAUGUUGAGGAGAGUGUAUGA